GCCAAACAUCGAUAACAUCGAUAUUCUCCGGCUCUACUGCUUCAAUACGGCUUCUAUAAUAUGUUACCGCUGUCCCUUUUGAAGACUGCGCAGAGCCACCCUAUGCUGGUUGAGCUAAAAAAUGGGGAGACUUACAAUGGACACUUGGUGAGCUGUGAUUCUUGGAUGAAUAUCAAUCUACGUGACGUAAUUUGCACUUCAAAGGAUGGAGACCGUUUUUGGCGCAUGCCGGAAUGCUAUAUUCGAGGAAGUACCAUUAAAUAUUUGCGGAUACCUGAUGAGGUAAUCGAUAUGGUUAAAGAAGAUGCACAGGCUAAAUCCCGAAAUAGAACAGAGCUAAACAAAAAUCGUGUUGCAAACUCAGCGCAAAAUCAACGCGCAGCACGUAGCGGUAACCGAAAUAAUUUUGGAAACCGCAGCGGGCAGUUAAGUGGAGGUCCUGGGAAUAACACUCAGCGAGUAGGAGUUUCAGGACAAGGGAAUCGACUUCUUGCCCAGAAUAACAAAAAUAGAAAAUAAUUUGAAACAAAAG